AUGGCCGACAGGAAAAUAAUCGCAGUGUUUGGAGCAACAGGGGCUCAGGGUGGCUCUGUGGCCAGGUCUAUUCUAGAGAACAAACAUUUCGCAUUGAGAGUACUGACCAGGGAUGUGACUCGGAAAAACGCCCUAGAGUUUCGGGACCUUGGUGCUGAGGUGGUCAGAUGUGAUCUGGAUGACACUGCAUCUGUGGAAGAGGCCUUGAAAGGGGCCCAUGGAGCCUUUGUGGUGACCAACUUCUGGGACCAUCUCAGCAAAGAGAAGGAAGUGUGUCAGGGAAAGCUGGUGGCAGACGCGGCCAAGCGCCUGGGCCUGAAACACGUGGUUUACAGCGGCUUGGAGAACGUGGAUCGCUUGAGCGGGGGCAAGCUGAAGGUUCUCCACUUCGAUGGGAAGGGGGAAGUGGAGGAGUAUUUCUGGUCCAUCGGUGUUCCCAUGACCAGCAUCCGCUUGGCAGCUUAUUUUGAGAACUUCCUCACUGUGUGGAAGCCAGUGAAAACCUUGGAUGGCUACUACACCCUAGCACUGCCCAUGGGGGAUGUACCGAUGCAUGGGCUCUCUGUCGCCGAUGUCGGAGCAGCUGUCUCUAGCAUUUUUGCUUCUCCAGAGGAGUUCGUAGGCAAGGCUGUGGGCCUCAGCUCAGAGUCCCUCACAAUACAGCAGUACGCUGAUGUUCUGUCCCGAACUCUGGGGAAGGACAUCCGAGAUGCCAAGAUCACGCCAGAAGCUUAUGCGAAGCUGGGAUUCCCCGGAGCAGAGGAACUGGCCAACAUGUUUCGUUUCUAUCAAAUGCAGCCCAGCCGGGACAUCAAGCUCACCCAUCGUCUAAACCCCCAAAUCAGAAGCUUCAGCCAGUUUAUCUCAGAGAACCAGGGAGCUUUUAGGGACAUGUGAGGAGCCUCGGUUGUUGAGGCUGCAUGGUCUCCUGUCCCCCAGAUCAUGUUGUCCCUGCAGCACAACAUUCCCCUUUACAGAGCAGCUAGGUUGAGGAGAUGAUUGUCUGUACCAUCCGAGGGUCUCUAUGCUUUCUCUCCAGGAGAGACACUGCAGUUGAGAUUCGACACAGCAAUUUCAUUCUCCUAAAACUUUCCAGCUAGUGAUUAAUGGUGGUAGAGCUGUGUGGUGAAUUGAGAAGUCCCAGAAUACAUUGCCUACUCCAGAUCUUUUUGUCCAAGAUCCAAGUUGUCAGGGACUCAGAACAUCUCCCUUAAUAUAAAUGGGAGGUCACUCAGCUUUCUUCUGAAUGAGGGAUUUCCCUUCUAAAAUUUCCCUAGCAGCUUGGUUUUCUCAAAACUUUCAGCAAAUUAAAAACAACCUAAAUAACCAUCAAAUGAUGAACAGACAAAUACAGUGUUUUAUGUAUAGGAAAAUAUUAUUUAGCCCUAAAGAAGGAAUGAAGUACUGAUAUAUACAACAACAUGCUGAGUUUUGAAAACAUUGAACUAAUUGGGGAAAAAAAGCCAGACAGAACAAGAUAAAUAUGCAUGAUUCCAAUUAUGAGAACUAUCUAGAUGGGUACCUUCAAGAGACAGAAAAGGUAGACGUAAGACUUGGGCAGGGAAGAAGUGUCAGUGCUUAAUGGUUACAGAGUUUCUAUUAAAGUUGAUUAAAGAAAAAAAAUUUGGACAACAGA